AUGAACCACUUGGAGGGCUCCGCGGAGGUGGAGGUGCCCGACGAGGCGGCCGGCGGGGAGGUGAACGAGUCGGUGGAGGCCGACCUGGAGCGGCCGGAGCGGCAGCUCGGGUCCCAGCAGGAAGAGGAGGAGCGCGGCGAGUGCCUGGCGCGAUCCGCCAGCACCGAGAGCGGCUUCCACAACCACACCGACACGGCCGAGGGCGACGUGAUCGCCGCGGGCCGCGACGACGACGACGGCGACGAGGAGGCGGAGCGCGCGCAGGACCCCGCGCACGACCCCGAGGACGAGAGCGCCUACGCCGUGCAGUACCGGCCCGAGGCCGAGGAGUACACGGAGCAGGCGGAGGCCGAGCACGCGGAGGCCGCGCACCGCCGCGCGCUGCCCAACCACCUGCACUUCCACUCGCUGGAGCACGAGGAGGCCAUGAACGCGGCCUACUCCGGCUACGUGUACACGCACCGGCUGUUCCACCGCGGCGAGGACGAGCCGUACGCCGAGCCCUACGCCGACUACGGCGGCCUCCAGGAGCACGUGUACGAGGAGAUCGGGGACGCGCCCGAGCUGGAGGCGCGCGACCCCGACGGCCUGCGGCUCUACGAGGAGCGCGAGCGCGACGAGGCGGCGGCCGCCUACCGCCAGGAGGCCCUGGGCGCGCGGCUGCACCACUACGACGAGCGCUCCGACGGCGAGUCCGACAGCCCCCAGCGGGCGGCGGGCCCCGCAGGCGACUCCGGGCAGCGCUACAGCAAGGAGAAGAGGGAUGCCAUCUCGCUGGCCAUCAAGGAUAUCAAAGAGGCCAUCGAGGAGGUGAAAACCAGGACCAUCCGUUCGCCUUACACCCCCGACGAGCCCAAAGAACCCAUCUGGGUCAUGCGCCAGGACAUCAGCCCCACCAGGGACUGUGACGACCAGAGGCCGGUGGAUGGAGAUUCUCCGUCUCCCGGCAGCUCCUCGCCCCUGGGUGCAGAGUCAUCGAGCACACCCCUUCACCCCAGCGACCCCGCGGAAGCCUCCACAAAUAAAGAGUCAAGAAAAAGCUUGGCUUCAUUCCCCACCUACGUUGAAGUCCCUGGACCUUGCGACCCUGAAGACUUGAUCGAUGGAAUCAUUUUUGCCGCCAAUUACCUUGGCUCUACCCAGCUGCUUUCAGACAAAACUCCCUCCAAAAACGUGCGCAUGAUGCAGGCGCAGGAAGCAGUGAGCAGGAUUAAGAUGGCCCAGAAAUUAGCCAAAAGCAGGAAGAAGGCUCCUGAAGGGGAAUCUCAGCCUAUGACCGAGGUCGACCUCUUCAUUUCCACCCAGAGAAUAAAAGUGUUGAACGCCGACACCCAGGAGACCAUGAUGGACCACCCACUAAGGACCAUCUCCUACAUCGCUGACAUUGGAAACAUCGUGGUGCUCAUGGCCCGCCGGAGGAUGCCCCGCUCCAACUCUCAGGAGAACGUGGAAGCCUCCCACCCGGCGCAGGAUGGGAAAAGGCAGUACAAGAUGAUCUGCCACGUCUUUGAGUCUGAGGACGCCCAGCUGAUCGCACAAUCUAUAGGGCAGGCGUUCAGCGUGGCAUACCAGGAAUUCCUCAGGGCCAACGGGAUAAACCCCGAAGACCUCAGCCAGAAGGAGUACAGUGACCUGCUCAACACCCAGGACAUGUACAAUGACGACCUGAUCCACUUCUCCAAGUCGGAAAACUGCAAAGAUGUUUUCAUAGAGAAGCAGAAAGGAGAAAUCCUAGGAGUCGUGAUUGUGGAGUCUGGCUGGGGCUCCAUCUUGCCAACCGUGAUCAUAGCCAACAUGAUGCACGGAGGCCCUGCAGAGAAGUCAGGAAAGCUGAACAUCGGGGACCAGAUUAUGUCCCUCAAUGGCACCAGCCUGGUGGGCCUGCCUCUGUCCACAUGCCAGAGCAUUAUUAAGGGCUUGAAGAAUCAAUCCCGAGUAAAGCUGAACAUCGUCCGCUGUCCCCCGGUGACCACGGUGUUAAUCAGAAGGCCCGACCUCCGCUACCAGCUGGGUUUCAGCGUCCAGAAUGGAAUUAUCUGUAGCCUCAUGCGAGGAGGCAUCGCGGAGAGGGGAGGCGUCCGCGUGGGACACCGGAUCAUCGAGAUCAACGGCCAGAGCGUCGUGGCCACCCCGCACGAGAAGAUCGUCCACGUCCUCUCCAACGCUGUGGGGGAGAUCCACAUGAAGACGAUGCCAGCGGCCAUGUACAGACUGCUGACGGCCCAGGAGCAGCCCGUGUACAUCUGAGCGGCCCUGGCGACGCGUGCAUGGAGGACUGGCCUCACUGUGGUUGUGUUUCUCGUGCUGCAUCCGUGUGUCCACUGAGACAAUUCCCUCUCACUCCCAGCGUCCGGUCGUAACACAGGAAGAGAAGAAUCCACAAGGACCUCUUGGCUCUCUGUCUCGCUCCGUUUUGUUCUCCCUCCUCCCCCUCCUCUUUCCCACCAGGGAGGUCGGCGAUGUGCUCCA